UAGUAAUAAUAAUAAAAAAUUAUAAUCUAAGAUCUAAAGUUAAUUAUGUAGUAUGUUUUAUAAAAUGAACAUAUAACCUAUUUGUUCGACGUGUGCAGUUUACAAAAUAGAAUAGUUUUUUCCUAUUUAUCUAGUCAUGGCAGACAAAAUAAGAAUCAAUUCAAAGUUUGAUCUUCAAGGAAAUUAUGAGCCAUCUGAUUCGGAAGAUGACUAUUCAACAUCGGAAAAGAAACUCCUGGAUAAAUUACGUAAACGAAAACAUAAUGACUCUGGUAGUGAAGAGGAAAUUUAUGGAUUCUCAGAGUCUGAAGAGGAGGAAGAAAAUGAUAAUAACGACUUAAAUAUGGCAGAUAGUGAUGUAGAAGGCCAAGGAAAUUCUGAUGAUGAUUUACCUGACUCUAAAGCAUGGGGCAAGAAAAAGAAGUCCUAUUAUUCAACAGAUUACGUAGAUGAGGAUUAUGGCGGUUUUGGUGAUGAUGAAGAAGAUGCUCUUAUGGAAGAGCAGGAAGCAAAAAACAUUCAAAAGAGACUCAUUGAACAACUUGCAGAUGAGGAUUUCUCAUUAGAAUUUUUUAGUCCACCAACUGAAGAAAAAGAAGUAAAAGAAAAAGUUAUUAAAAGUGAUUUGAGUCAUAUGUCAAAACGGCAAAAGUUACAAAUAUUUGAAAAGGAAAGUCCAGAGUUUGCAGGUCUUGUUGAUGAUUUCAAAAAUAAAUUAACAGUUGCCAAAGAUGAUUUACAGCCAGUUUUACAGCUUGUAAAAGGAGGCAAACUACCCAAAUGUCCAGCUUCCAAAUUUGUAAAAACUAACUACAACCUUAUUUUAAAUUAUUGUACUAAUAUAAGUUUUUACUUACUUCUGAAAAGUCAACGAAUAAACAUUCAAAACCAUCCAGUAAUAAAACGGUUAUAUCAGUACAGGCAAAUGCUAAAUAAAAUGGAACCAAUUUAUUUAGAAGUAAUUAAACCACAAAUAGAGAAGAUAUUAGAAGCUGUAAAUAAUAGUAUAGAGCUCACAGUUGUGGUAGACAAAAAGAAGGAAGCCAAGAAACGGAAGUCUGAUAAACUUUCUUUGGAACAUGUGCCUAAGAAAUUGAAAUUAAUAAAUGAAUUGGAAAAAGAUGAAGGUGGAGAUACUGGAGUUUCAGAUGAUGAUGAAGAGGAUGUGUUAGAUGACGAUAUGUUAAGACCACAAGCUGCAGGUCUCCAAAGGAGCACUGAAUCUGAGGAAAGUGGUUUUUCAGACAAUGAUGGAUUGGAUACUGAAGAUAACAAACCAUCUACAUCAUCUCAACAUCUUAUUACUGAUGACAUUGCAGAAAAGCGCGAAAUUACUUAUCAAAUUGCUAAAAAUAAAGGCCUCACACCACACAGAAAGAAGGAACAACGAAACCCAAGAGUUAAGCACAAGUUGAAAUAUAGAAAGGCGAAAAUAAGAAGGAAGGGAGCAAUACGUGAACCAAGGUCAGAAGUGGCCAGAUAUAGUGGAGAAGCUUCUGGUAUAAAGGCUAAUGUCAAAAAGAGCAUAAAGAUUAAGUAGCCCAUUGUUAAUUACUAUUAAAUGUAAAGUAAACACAAUUUGUUAUAAAAUGAUUUAUUUCAACAAUAAAGCAUAAUUAGAUGUGAACCCUGUU